AUGUCUAAAUCAAUAUCUAUAUAUUUCCCCUAUUUCUGUUUAUCUUUUUCUCUCGCGUACUCACACACUUUCUUUAUAUAUAUAUAUAUAUCGAACAUUUGCUUCUCGCUUUGUCUAUCUAUCUAUCUAUCUAUCUAUCUAUCUAUCUAUCUCUUUCUUCAAACGCAUCAUCUCAACAUUUUCUUUUCUUUCUUGUCAAUGACACCUUUCUCUCUCUCUUUUCCUCUAUUCCCCUCUCUCUUCUUUUCUCUCUUUUCCUCUUUCUCCAUUCCACUCUAUCUAUCUCUCUCUCUUCCCCUCUCUCUUUCUCUCUCUACUUCUAUCCCUCUCUUCCUCUCUUUCUUUCUCUCUUCCUCUUUUUAUCAGUUCUCUCUCUCUACCUUUCUCUCUCUCUUCCCCUCUCUCUCACUCUCUCAAUGUCUUUUACUUGAAUAUCUACCUUUCAUUUUUUUUUCUCUCUUCCCCUUUCUUCGAAUGCAUCCUAUUUACUAUUUUACUCUCUCUCUCUCUCUCUCUCUCUCUCUCUCUCUCUCUCAAAUUACUCAAUUUUUUUUUAACUGA